UUUGCCCCUCCCCUCCGUUUCUCCAUCUCGGGCUGGGAGGUUCCCCUGGGCCCUGCUACAUGGCUCAGUAGCUCAGCUCCUGGAUGGGAUCAUAACCCUGAGUGCUGGCCAAGAGAAGAGCCGCUUCUCCUCACAUACAGAGUUCCUGCUGCAGGGUGGAGUUUCCCCCAGAAUAACAAACUCACUUGAACCUCACCAUGGCUGACCGUAGGGUGGCCCCGGUUUUGGCUACGAUUCUCAUCCUGGUUGCACCAGCCCUGAGCGGAUGCCCAAGCGCCUGCCGCUGCUCCUUCGCCAUGCUUCAAUGCCUGGAGCCAGACGGAAUCACCAGCAUCCCUGCAUUGGCAGCACAGGAGAGCGAAAACGUGACUGAAAUCUACAUAGAGAGUCAAGAAAACCUGGAGAACAUCACAGACAUAGACCUCACCAACUACAGAGAACUGAAGAACCUGACGGUCACAGAUUGUGGGUUGGUAUACAUCUCUGAAAAUGCAUUCCAGCAUAAUUUUAAACUGCAGUAUGUAAACCUGGCCUCAAAUUUUCUGGUGCACAUCAGUUGGAGGGUGUUCCAGUCGGUCCCUCUGUUGAGUCUAAUCUUGAGGGACAAUCAGCUCACCUGCUCAUGUGACAUUUACUGGCUUCAGCAGUGGCACAGAAAAAGACAAAGCGACACAGAUUCUCAACAAAACUGCAUUUACAAUGGCAACAACAUUCAGCUGGAUUCAUUUGAAAUGGAUAACUGCAGCAUUCCUGAGGUCACAAUUCACCCAUCGACACUGACCACUCAAGAAGGUGGAAAUCUGACCUUUACCUGCCUGGUGACUGGAGUACCAACACCGACGAUCCGCUGGAGAACAGAGCACCUACAGUCCAGCUGGAACCUGCAGCAGGGAAUCUGGGGUUCAACCCUGGAGCUGGUUCUCCAAAUGAGGAACGUGUCAUCUACAGACAACCUGCACAACCUCACCUGUGAGGCGGAGAACCGUGCUGGAAUGGGAGAAGCCAUGGUGCAGAUAGACAUUGAAUUUCCAGUGCGGAUCUUGUUUCUAAAGGACCCAGAAUCACAACAUCACUGGUGUUUUCCAUUCGCUGUGAACAGCAAUCCUCCCGCCACCUUCAAAUGGCUGUACAACAACCAGACUCUCGUCGAAUCACUCUACACCUACACCGAGCUGAUCAGAGACGAAGCCGAUGGCUCCGUUCAACACGGCUGUCUGUAUCUCAACAAGCCCACACACCUCAACAACGGCAACUACACGCUCAUCGUGGAGAAUAAACUGGGUAGAGACCAGGCUACGGUAAGCUGGAGGUUCAUGGACAAUCCCUUUGACCCCUUUGACCCGGAGGGCAUCAUUCCUGUUCUCACUGAAAACCCAACAGCUCCCACUAACCAGUCAACGGAGACGGAGAAACUGGAGAGCACAGUGUUUGGGGUGUCAGUAGCCGUGGGUCUCGCUGUGUUCACUUGCACAUUUCUGCUCAUCAUGGUUGUCGCCAUCAAUAAAUUUGGACAGCGUUCCAAAUUUGGCAUCCAUCGAUCGUCUGUUCUCGGCACUGAGGAUGAUUUGGCCAUAUCCCUUCGCUUCAUGAACUUCGGUGCAAGUCCUCCGUCUUCAGAUGAUAGCACGCUGGACUCUGGUUUGUCCAGUUUUGUAGAGAACCCGCAGUACUUCUGUGGCAUCAUCAAAGAUAAAGACAUGUGUGUCCAGCACAUUAAAAGAAAAGACAUUGUUUUGAAGUGGGAACUGGGUGAAGGAGCUUUUGGCAAAGUUUACCUGGCAGAAUGUGCCAACCUCUGUCCGGAUACUGACAAGAUGCUGGUCGCUAUCAAGACCUUGAAAGUCACCGACGAGUCCACCCGGCAGGACUUCCAGCGCGAGGCCGAGCUGCUCACGGUGCUACAGCAUGAACACAUAGUGCGCUUCUACGGCGUGUGUACAGACGGAGAACCUCUGGCCAUGGUGUUUGAGUACAUGCGACACGGAGACCUCAACCGCUUUCUAAGGGCUCAUGGUCCAGAUGCUAGUAUCCUGGAUGAGAUGAAGGUUCCUCUGAUGGGUCAGUUGACUGUUCCUCAGAUGCUCCACAUCGCAGCUCAGAUCGCCUCGGGCAUGGUGUACCUCGCUUCCCUUCAUUUUGUCCACAGAGACCUGGCCACCAGGAACUGUUUGGUCGGAGAAGGGCUGGUGGUGAAGAUCGGGGACUUUGGGAUGUCGAGAGACAUUUACAGCACAGAUUACUACAGGGUCGGUGGGAGGACGAUGCUGCCCAUUCGCUGGAUGCCGCCAGAAAGCAUCAUGUACAGGAAGUUCACCACGGAGAGCGACAUCUGGAGCUUUGGAGUGGUCCUUUGGGAAAUCUUCACCUACGGCAAACAACCAUGGUAUCAGCUAUCCAACAGUGAGGCCAUUGAGUGCAUCACACAGGGGCGAGAGCUGGAACGGCCUCGUACCUGCCCGAAGGAAGUGCAUCUCCUCAUGCAGGGCUGCUGGCAGAGAGAACCACAGCAGAGGCUUGUCAUCAAAGAUAUCUACAGCCGGCUCGUGGCCCUCGUCAAGAACCCGCCCAUCUAUCUGGACAUCCUGGAGUAAUAGAACCCUGAUGGAACCUGCAUGGAAAAGACAUGCUUCUGGAAGCAGGCUGUUUGAGGAGGAAAAUCAGUGGUGGGUUUUGGACGGACACAAAUCACAAACUGAAUCACAUGAUGUGCAGUAUGAACGUUUCCGGUGUUUGUUGAUGGGUAUGUUUUAAUCCACUGGAGGUGGAAGAUUGUGUCCAUGUGUUUCAAUUUGAAAAAAAAAAAAAAUUAUAAUAAAUAAAAAAUAUUAAGAGAGAUGGACUGAGUAAAUGGACAGUGGAUACUCUGAUUAUGCAUUAGUGGAAAUUGCUCAUGGAUCUUCAUGACUCAUCCUGAAGAGACACUAGACUUUCUAUAUGAGGAUACUGAUGUCAAGGUCUUGUAAUUAAAGGUUAUUAAAGGUGAAGUGUGUCGUUUCUCUCAACCCAGUCUAAUAAACAGAGACAUUGUAUAGGUUGAUUUUCCCAAUAGAUGUAAAAACCGUGGCUCUGUUUGUUUGAGCAUCCCUGCAUGACAUAGCAACAGUGCCGCAACCAAUGGCAUGAGUUUGGGGGCGGGACUUGCUGUUUGUCUGACCAAUGGGGAGAGUGGAAACCUUGGCUUGUAUUACAGAAUCAUCCAAACCCAUAAUCGUAUUCUAUUUAUAAGAUUUCUUCAGGAUUUAUGAAGGUCGAUUUAAGACUUUUUAGGACUGUUUUCAGACUACCAACUGAUCACACUGCAAAACACUUACAAAUAAAAUAAUAAUAAUGUUCUUUCAAAGUAUUUUUUG